AUGAAGUGUCUUGUUGGAUGGCUGGAGCCCCCUGGUCAGCAGAACCUUAGGAGUCAGCAUGGCAAAGAUCUGCACAGACCAGUCCUACCCGGCAACGACCCGCAACGGCCAUCUCUCUGCACGCCAAAUGACAAUCUGGACUCCAUUGAGAACGGAACCCCAAGGUCCAACUCGGAGGACACCUCUUCAGAGAUUCAGAGUUCUGGCUCCGUGUCAACCAUCAGACACCCAGAGUCUCAUAGAGACACAGGGUCAGGAGCCCUGGCCAGGAUGCACCGCGAGGUGGAGAGACCGGACUCCUUCCUGGAGCGCUUCAGGACCCCUGAGCUCAAAGAGGCCUCCAGCAGAGAGCAACACACGGUCACUGGGAUACCCCGACAGAGUCCACAAGAGGAA